GCAUAAUAAAAAGAGACUGUCUGGUAGUCUAGUUAAAUCGAGAAAGAACACCAGGGAUGUUGAAGAAGAUCGGAACAACUGCUGCUUCUUCUUGCUAUUCUCAUUGCAGCACCGCACGAGGUAUGCCAUUUCUUCAAUCCACUCCUUUUGUGCUCAUCGCCGUCAACAAUUACUUGGCUUUGUUUCAUUCUCACACACCCUCAAAUCCAACCAAAUCUCCAUAUAUCCAAUACCCAAAGUCUGUGAGAGACCCCGGCACGCCCUCAAUGCCCAAAGUCAGUAAAUUGAGUGAGACCCAGCAACGGAAUCGAACCAGCGUGAGUAAUGUUGAGGAUGCCCGGAAGGUGUUCGACGAAAUGCUCCACUCGCGUCCACUCCCCUCUGUUAUUACUUUCAAUCAAUUCUUGAUUCAGCUUGUCAAACUCAAACACUAUUCUGCCGUCCUCUUUCUCUCUAGACAAAUGCUUCUUCGUGGUAUUGUUCCCGAUGAUUAUACCUUAGGCAUUCUAAUCAAUUGCUACUGCAACUCGAACCAAAUGGGGUUCGCCUCAUCUGUCUUGGGAAAGUUCUUCAAAUUGGGUCUGCAACCAAAUGUUGUUACUUUCACCAUUUUGAUCAACGGCUUUGUUCUCGACAAUCAAGUGUUUGAGGCGGCUCGAGUUCUCACCAAAAUGCCGGAGCAAGGCAACUGUCAGCCCAAUGUCUUCACUUUCAACACCCUCAUAAAGGGCCUUUGCAAGAUACGGAACAACGGUGUAGCUAUUCAGUUGCUCAGACACAUGGAACAAUGGGGUUGUAUGCCGGACUUAGUUUCCUAUAGCACCAUCAUCGAUGGUCUCUGUAAGGCUACACUCAUUGAUGAAGCAUUGAAACUCUUCUCAGAAAUCUUGAGAAGAGGUCUUGAUCCAAACGUUGUUACUUACAACUCUUUAAUUCAAGGAGUUUGCAACAUAGGCCGCUGGAAACAAGCUACAAGAUUGCUGAAUUACAUGGUAAGUCAGGGUAUCUCUCCAAAUCUCUGCACUUUCAAUGUCUUGGUUGAUACAUUCUCCAAGGAAGGGAAGGUUGGGGAAGCCAAAACUGUGCUUGACGUGAUGAAUCAAAGAGGAAUUCAACCUGACGCGAUUACAUACAACUCGCUUAUGAACGGUUACUGUCUGCGAGGAGAAAUGGAUCAGGCGAGACAAGUUUUCGACCUAAUGAUUAGCAAGGGCUCUAUGGUCAAUGUUCGUAGUUGCAGUAUAUUGAUAAAAGGAUACUGCCAGAGUAAAGAGGUCGAUCAGGCUUACAAAAUUUUCCAGGAAAUGACAUGUUGGGAGCUUGUUCCAAACACUGUCACUUUUAACACUCUUAUUGAUGGUUUCUACAAAGCAGGGAGAAUCCGAGAUGCAGAAAAGGUGUUCUCUGAAAUGCGAGUUCAUGGCCAAUUUCCAGAUGUUCAAACUUACUGUAUAAUACUUAAUGGCCUGUGUAACAACCAACAACUUUUAACAGCACUAGAAUUGGUCAGAGAGAUGGAAGCCAACAAGUUGGAACUAAAUAUCGUAGGCUACAGUACCAUCAUCGAAGGUCUGUGCAAAGCCGGGAAAAUGGAUUCUGCAAUGCAUGUCUUCUCUAGUUUGCCAUCAAAGCAUAUUCAACCUAAUGUGUGGACAUAUAAUAUAAUGAUUUUGGGGUUUUGUAAAGGAGGCCUGUUAGUUGAAGCUGAGAAAUUGUUUUCCGAAAUGGAGGAGAAAGGCUGUUUUCCAGAUUGUUGUACCUACAACACAAUUCUCUGGGGUUUUAUAAAUAACAAUGAGAUCUCAAAGGCUACGGUACUAAUGAAAGAAAUGCAUAAGAAGGGCUUCUCUGGAUAUGCAUCAACUAUGAAAAUUGCUGCUUUUUUGUCGAAGGCUACAGGAGAUCCUGAAUUAUUAGCAUGGCUUAAAGAUUCAGACUGAUGCUUCAAUGCCUGCUCCUUCGGCAACUUUGGAUGUUCUAUGAAACUUGUUUGUGAGUCCACCAUUGAAACACAACUUCAAGACCUUCUUCCACUCCAAUAAUGCAUUACA